AUGGAAGAAGACAGAAUAAGAGACCUCCCAGAUAGUCUCCUCAUCACCAUACUCUCUUUCCUCCCUAUCAAUACCGCUGCCUCUACCUCCGUCUUAUCCCGCCGUUGGCAAUACCUUUGGACUCACGUUAACCACUUCUCCCUCGAAACCGCCUUUGAUAAUCUCCAUACUUUCAUUACAUCAGUUGAUCACAUUCUCUCCAAGCUCACCUCCCCAAAAAUCUACACUUUUAACCUUCAAUUUUUUCUCCGUCAAUCAACCGAAUCAUCAGCGCAAUUAUCCUCUUGCUUUGUUCCUUGGCUUCAUCAAAUUUGUCGUCGUGAUCCUAAAAUAAUUAAUGUAGGAUUUCAUCAUUCUCAUGGAUUUUAUUCAUCACUUUUGUUUCACAUACCUACUUGUGUGUUUGAAACUCGGUCGCUAAUAGAAUUAGACUUGUAUUUGCCUGGCUAUAUCGAGUUUAAGGCGCCUACUACUUUUAUCAACCUGCCUAAUUUGAAGAAGCUUUCCUUACUUGUAUGUGAUUCAUACUGUUAUUUGAUUGAUACCCUUAUAAAGUCUUUGCCGUUUUUGGAAGAUUUGAAGUUGUCUAUGAAUUUAACCGUAGAUGUUCAUUGUUUUGCUAUAUCCGCGUCUAAUUUGAAGAAUUUGUUUAUAGGAAUGAAUGAUUGGGGAUCCAAAGUUUGUCGAUUUGUUAUAGAUGCUCCAAAGCUGGAGCACUGUGAAAUACAUGGGUAUUUAGCGUUUUAUGAAUUUUUUACGACUCCAAUUGAUUUACAAAUGGUGCUAAUCUCAGUUGAGGAGCCAAGUGAUGAUGAAAAGGAUGAUGAUUUUGAUAUGGAUUACGAGUAUUAUAGUUUAAUUCUCGGGUUACUUCAAGGGAUUUCUUGUGUUAGGUCCCUUGUUUUGAUUAGUUAUGGUGUUGAUAUAAUGAGUUAUCUUAAUGGUUUGGAUGGAAUCGACGUGCCAAUCUUUAGUAAUUUAAUUGAUCUAAGCUUAUACAAUGACACUCGGCCUUAUGAAGGUCCAAUUACCAGGUUGUUGCUUAGGCAGCAAUAA